AUGUUUCGAAUCUUCGUCACAAGAGCGUCCUUAAAGGCUGCUAGCGCUAACUUGAUACAUGACACCUGUACCAAACACUUGCACAGUAGCUGCGAUGUGGCUGUUGUGGGAGCCGGCAUCGUGGGCCUGGCCACUGCACGAGAGCUCAUCCUGCGACACCCGACCCUCACAUUCACCCUGCUGGAGAAGGAGAAAGAGCUCUCGGCGCACCAGAGCGGCCACAACAGUGGUGUGAUCCACAGCGGCAUCUACUACACGCCUGGCUCGCUCAAGGCUCGCUUGUGCGUGCGAGGCGCGGCGCUGGCCUAUGACUAUUGUGACAAGAAAGGACUGCCUUACAAGAAGUGUGGCAAGCUCAUCGUGGCGGUGGAACAGGAGGAAAUCCCUCGCCUCAAAGCUUUAUACGAGCGCGGUCUGAAGAACAGCGUACCGGGUCUCAGCAUCGUGGACGCCAAAGGAAUUCGAGAACGGGAGCCAUACUGCAAGGGCGUCAUGGCGCUGGACUCCCCCAACACGGGCAUCGUGGACUGGCGGCAGGUGGCGCUGCAGUACGGCAAAGAUUUCCAGGAGGCCGGCGGCAAGGUGGUCACCCAGUACGAAGUCAACGACAUUUCCGUGGUCAACGAGAGCCCGGCGGGAAGCGCCGAAGGACUCAAGCAUCCUAUCGUCAUCAGAGACAAGAAGGGCAACGAGGUGCACUGCCGCUACGUGCUGACCUGCGGGGGUCUCUACUCCGACCGCCUGUCGCAGAUCUCUGGGUGCAGCCGGGAGCCUCGCAUUGUGCCCUUCCGAGGCGACUAUCUGGUCCUCAAACCCGAGAAGCACUACCUGGUCAAAGGCAAUAUUUACCCCGUGCCUGAUCCUCGCUUCCCAUUCUUGGGUGUCCACUUCACGCCGCGCAUGGAUGGCAGCAUCUGGCUGGGACCCAAUGCCGUUCUGGCCUUCAAGAGGGAAGGGUACAAGAUCUACGACUUAAAUGUGAGAGACCUGGCAGACGCACUCUCCUUCAGAGGCCUUCAGAAGCUGGUUUUGAGGAACAUCUCGUACGGCAUCGGCGAGAUGUACCGAGGCAUUUUCAUCGGGGCGCAGGUCAAGAUCCUGCAAAAGUAUAUUCCCGAACUGUCUCGCAGCGACGUGCUCAGGGGUCCUGCCGGGGUGCGGGCGCAGGCGCUGGACCGUGACGGAAACCUGGUGGACGACUUUGUUUUCGACGGCGGCGUGGGUGACCUGGGCAGCCGCGUGUUGCAUGUGCGUAACGCCCCUUCGCCCGCUGCCACCUCCUCGCUCGCCAUCGCCGAAAUGGUCGCCGACGAGGUGGAGAACCGCUUUGCGCUUUAA